AGUCCAUAGCGGUAAACUCAAAAUGGCGGCCUUAGUCGGGUCUGGCCGUGAACUUUGGCAGAUCAUCACUGGACAGUCUUUCCUACGCAGCCAGGACCAGAUAGGGGCUGAGCUGCAGAAAAACAAACUGAGACUGCUGAAUGGACUUCUCUUUUACAAACCUCCCAGUGAUGCUUCAGCUAAGUCCUUGAAAGAGAAGAAGGAUGUGAAAAAGGAAGUAAAAGACUUAACCAUCAGAACCAGCAAAUUUUUGGGCCUCGAUGAGCUGCAGACCAACUCAUUGAUAGAGCUGUACCUGGCCCAGGACUUCAGGGAAUCAUUGGAUGAGUGGGAGACUAAGUUGUCAGAUGAGCGUUAUGCACAGACCCUUCUUGGUAGGCUGGCCGACAUCUACUAUGAAGACAGGAUCUACAUUCUGCAGAGUAUCAAACACCUGCUGAGUUACAGUACAGAUGACAAGCACCCAUAUAAGGAGAAGUAUGACGACUGUCUUCAAAUGUUUGGGGACCAACUUAUCAACAAGGUUAUAGAACAGUACAAAAAGGUAUUUUCCAGAGAAGCACCAUCAGCUGAGACUCAUGGAAAUACAAUGUGUGAACUACUGGAAAUAGUGUUCCUGUACUACAAAGAGUAUGAGAUGCAUCCGACCAGACUGCUGGAGUUUGCUAGACUGUUUAAGUCCCAAGGGUUUGGCUGCAGACAGACCAACAAACACCACUUCAGUCCAGGAGCAGAAGUCUUUGUCACAAGACUAGGUUUCCUGAGUUCAUUAAUUCUGAUAGAAGGACUGGACCUGGAGUAUCUACAGGAGACACCUGCCUCUGCAGUACCACAUCAUCCCAUUCCUCAGGACCAGGACACAUUCAGGGCUUUGGACCGUCUCAUUACUGGUUGGGGGGACAACCCCCACCACGCACCGGUUCUGUUAGGGUGGGCGGCACUACGGUUUGUGGCCCUACCAGACGACACCAGUCCUACCACCAGGAAGCUGGGUUCAGCAGCCCUGAAUAUUGGAGUCUUCCAAUAUCUGGCUGGUCUGCUGAAUACUGAACCAUUUUCUGGGCAAACAGUGUUAGCUGGCGUGGCGAGGCUGAUUGUACGAGGCCUGCUGUCCACCGUGCUGUCCAUGUUCCACGAGGACACUCUGGGUGGGAUCCAUGACCUCAUCUCCGUGGUUACCCCCGUCCUGGAGCAGAAACAGCUCUGUAGACUCUUCUGGGAGUCUGACCAGACAUCAGGGCUGGGUGUACUGCUUCAGUCUGCCUGUAGCAGGUUUCCCCUGGAGUUCUCCCCACUAUUGAAACUUCUGACAGCCCUGGCAGUUGAUAGGGAAACUACAGACAGGGUAUAUGAGUUCAUGAGCUGUCUGCCAGGCUAUACUGAGUUGUUAGAGGAGAAUAAACCAGGUGAUAUCCAAGGGUCUGCCAGUGGUACAAUCUGGACACUACUGAGGCAUAAAGGUCUCUACAGGACAAGUGCAGGUCUUGUCAUCCCAGCUGGCACUCAAGGGGAAAUCAUCAACACACAAGGUCCCCCUGUUGUGCGUUGGGAGUACAACUUCAAUGGCUGGACUCUGUGCUCGUGUGAGCUGGACAACUUCCUACAGUAUUCAGCUGGGGGAUUUGAUGCUGCCUCCAAACAGCUGGCAGUAAGAGUAACUGAGGUGGCAGAACUACUGAACAAAAUGCUGUCCUUUGAUAAGUCACUGGCAGAAACUCUACAACCAGUCACAGCUAAACUGUAUCCUAUUAUCCAGAGACUUGGUGCUGCCACAAAUCCUCCCAUUGAUGUUGUUGCUUCCUGUGUCCAGUGUUUGGCUACCCUAGCACAGUAUAAACCUGACAAGGUAUGGCUGGAUCUACAGCAGACUGGGUUCUUACCAUUUGCAGGCUCCUCACACAUGGAUGUAAACAGGGCUCUCAGUGGUAGUGGAAUGUUUGCUGGUAACUAUGGCAACCUGCUGAUGUCGUUAGAACGUCCAUCUGGGUACUACCCUGUUACCAUAGCUACCCUGAAGCUGCUACUGGCACUGGCCAAGGGUCUACAGUUCCAAGAAGGCAUCAUCCCAGCCGUAGUGUUUGUACUGAAGGAAGUGUUUGCCUCCUUCUACAAGUGGAACUACUCAAACCUUAAAGACAGACAGGAGAUUGGGAGAAGAUGUCUCGAGAUCUUUCACUAUAUCCUGUUUGUGUCGGAAGGAAAGGAAGAGACCAUGGAACAUGAUAGCAAGGACACCAGGCUAACCCUGAGAGAUGUGUGUGUGAGUGGCCUGUUGUACACGGAGGCUGGACACAGUGUGUUGGAGAUCCUGGCCACAGGAGUGGAGAACAUCAACAAUGUCGUCAAGCUACAGGCCAGUGCUUUUGAGGGUCCAGGACAGGACCUGAUCCAGAUGGUGAAGCUGGCGUUCUCGGUGGUGAACCGUCUGCUGCUGCUGAAGCCAGCUGACGGUGAGACGACUUCGCCCCUGGAGCAGGCCCUGACGUACCACGCCGGCGGGGCCCAGCAGGGGAAACACCUGGUGUCUGUCAUCGCGCAGUACGUCUACCAUCGUCAUGACGUCAGGCUCACACGACUCGCCACGCUCAUGCUUAAAAGGCUCUCACAGGUUGCUCCUAUGUCUGUGCAUGCCUGUCUGGGGGACCAGGCUAUCCCCAUCAGGGACAUGUACCUCACACGUCUGCAGGCCAAAACUGAGGACCUGCGGCUGAAGGUGGUAAUCCUGGAAUGGCUGACUGUUGCAGUAGAGACACAGCCAGGACUGACGGAACUAUUCCUGAACCUGCAGACCAAGGAGGGGAAACAGGGGGUCAAGGAGUUCACAGUAGGAAAGAACAGCUGUCUGCAGGCAGCAGUAGACAUGAUAGAGGCUAAGAAGCAGGGGACAUACCUGUGUCCUCCUGACCUGCACUGUGCUGCUGUGCUUCCUACAUGCCCUGUGGCAGGACAGGAGAGAUGGAGCUCUGUCUGUACUCAGGGGCAGAAGGACCUGCCUUCUAUCCACACUAACCCACAGGUGGCCACAGGACAGCUGAAGACAUGUGCACACGUCAUGAACAUCAUGGCUAUGGAGGUGCACAGUAUAGGGAGCUCCUCUCCAGACAAGGAGUUGAAGAAGUGCUUGAAAGACUUUGCUGAAAAGAAAAGGUUUAUCCAUUGGUCAGAGUACCUGACCAGCCUGGUAGACCACCUGUGUGAGGAGGAGGGACCAGUAGACCCCGCCCACCUGAGGGAGAACCCAUACCUGGUGUUCCUGUCCGCCUGCAGGGUGGUCCUGCUGGUGGCAGCCAGUCAGGAGACAGCCAUGCACCUGGCGGAUAAAAACAUCAAGGUCAAGAUCAUACAGAACAUCCUCACUGGGAUUACUACACUGGUGUCCCAUCUUGACUCAGUGCUGACUGUGAAGGCAGCCACUAUGCUGACUGGUCUGUAUGUUGCCCUACUGCCACACUGGAAGGGGAGUCUGCAGCCCCUCAGCCAGUUGGAGAAGCUUGUACCCAUCCUGGAGGAUGUGGUAGGGAAUUCUCAGCCACUGGAAAAGAUCAAAACCCCGCUCUUGUCUGCCAUCCUCACAUUACUGAAAGUAAAAGGAGAGGACAGCAUCACUGAAGAUACAGAACUGGUGUCCAGACUGCUAUCUGUAGUGUGUACUGUGGUACAGGAGGCCACCAUCUACAAACCACCACAGCCUACGGAGUCUGGGAAAACAUCAGGCACCAAUGGCCAGGGAGAGAACAAUGACACAGCUAAUGGUGAUGCAGCUGCGAUGGCAGCUAAGAAGGACACCUACUCUUUGGAGAACCAGUCUGUGUGUGUACUGGAGGCCCUGUGCUCUGUACCAGAGGUGUGGUUAGAAGCCAUGAGAAGACACUGUCUCCUACAGGCCCUCCUGGCCACAGUGGAGACAUGUCUCAACAGCAGGAGGAACCUGGCAUUUGUGGAGACUGCAAUGCAGCUCUUCCUCACAACUGCAAAAGAACCCAAGGCUGCCUUUGUGCUUGCUGGAAGUGGAGUGACCCAGCACCUGUGUAUCCCACUGUCCACCACAUACCAGUCCCCCCAGGACCUCAGUGGUACAGUCCUGUCAUCCAUAAAUGGUAGUGAGAAAUCCCUGGACGCACCAUCCUGGCCGGGGGUGUACAGGAUGGCGCUAGACCUGGAGGCUUUACUCCUGGGCACACUGAAGCACGACUUUCUGUCGGAUGCCUUAGAUUUUGUUGGAGUCCAUCAGGACAGAAUGUUGCAGUGCCUGUUUGCUGUCCGGUCCAACCUGUCACCAGCCUGCCUGCUGGAGGUGGAGAAAACCAGUUUGUUCCUGUUCCAACUGGUUCACCACAGCCGAGAAUGGCAGUUCCACCUGCCUCAGCUGCACCAGGCAAUGAAGGAGGCUGUAUGCCAUCUUGUCCACACCUGUGCAGCCCUGCUGUCCCGCCCCCGUUUGUUGGACCACAUGGUACAGUCCAACACAAAGCAGCCCAGAGGCACCCCCCAGAGACAGACCUCGGUGACUCGCACCCUCCGACAUUCCUCUUCUUCAGAUGAUGUGGACAAACCAAGCCAGGAGCUUCUCCAGGUCCAGGGGAGAUUGCUGAGGAUUCUGGGUAACUCCUUGUCUAUGCUGAGACAUCUGACUCCCAACCUGUGUGAGAUCCUAUUGGACCAGGCCAUGGAUGUGAGUGAGUACCCCCUGAUGUUUGCCCUGGCGUUCGGCAGCCCCACAGUGGACCAGGACUCGCCGCCCUCCCUGGGCACCCUGCUGGCCUGUGUGAACCUGGGACUGAGACUGCUGGUGAAGGUGGAGCCCAGCAGAGUCACCUCACCUGUCAAGUCUCCUGCAGGACCUGCUCCUGUACAGAAACCAGUAGUCCUGUACAUCCUGGAGAACUCCCUCCUGGUGCUGAUGUCCCAGGCAGCUCGCUACCUGAGGGAACCUGGCAUACCUGUCAGGGACAAGCAGCUCAUGAAGAGGGAGCUCAGCACUGAACUGGGCACAUUUCUGCUGAGUCUGCAGCGUUACAUCAAGCGAGGUGCGCCCCCCUCCCCGGGUGCCUCCACCCUGCCCAGUCCCCAGCAGUUCCAGCGAGGGGCCACGCCCAGGAUGGCCUUCGGAUCCUCACAGGAACACGCCUUCUUCCAGCUCGUCAACACAUUCAUGAAACGUGUCUUACGAUAGGAACGCUGUCAUCUUAUUAUCUUCAUCAUGUGUAUUAAUUGAAUGAGUUAAUUCCGACUUGAAAAGGUUUAGCAAUAUGCGAAACAAGAACACAAUAAUUUUCAAUGAUCCCAUGUUUUAACUGUAAGACUACACCUAGGUUUGGUAAAGAAAAACAUGUAAAUACAUGUAGUGUUAUAUACUUUAUCACAGAUAUAAACUUCAGAGAAAAUAACAUGGUGAACUGGUAGUUAUGCCAAUUUGUUAAAGAGUUUUCCAUACUUCUUUGUACAUGUAACCAUUUGAUGUAUCAUUAAUUUUUGUACAACAAGCUGUUUUCUAUCACUAGUAUCAGUACUGUUUUAUUCCUGUGGUACUUUAUCUAAGUGAGGAACAAAGAUAGACUAGAGGAAUUCUUCAUGAUAAACAAGAGUUAAAGGAUAUUUUCAUAUGAGACGAUUUUGAGGAGUAGACAUGGUAAAGUCUUAGACAUAGUCAAGGCAAGCGAUGUGAAGCCAAAUUAGUGAAGUUGAAAAAACUCAAAUGAGUUUGUGGUAAAAUGGAAGAAAAUGUGAACAUAUUAUUCAAGCCUCAACUUUUGUAUUAUCAAACCAAUAGAAGAAUACA